AUGGCGAUGUCGGCCGGGUCUAAUUCUGGAAGCCAAGCUUUCGCUCGGCUUAAGGCGGCCACGGCUCCGGCUCUUACAGACGACCGCCUUAAUUCAUUGAAUCGCUGGGGCAGCAAAGAAAGCUUCCUCAGCACAUCCACCAGGAAUGCCCACGAUCCGAUCCCCUGGUUUCUUAUCCGGUUAUCCCCCUCUCGUCUCUCGUCUAGCAACCCCCAUCUUCGGUGUGGCGACAUUGCUUACGUCGUCGCGACCCCCCACAAUUCUAGGCUCGGCCUUCCUCGACUCCAUGCGUGGCUGACAAGGUGGUCUUCGUCCCGAGGUUACACACCUGAUGAUGUUUACAGCGAGGCGCAGGAACAAGCAGAGGCCGAGGAAGUGCAGGCACGCGUUGCUGACCUUGGCAGGUGUAGGAACCGCGCGAGGAAGGUUCAGCGCGCUGCACCAGUCAGGCCACGCCCGGGGCGCCGCGCCAACACAUGUGCGCGUGGUCGGUGGGUUGGCCAAUAUCUGCAUUCUGCGACUUCAUCUUCACCAUGGACACAAGCAAGGACUGAUUGGUGGGUCUUGGUAGCGAUGCCGAGCAUCGGCGGAUCGAAGUGGUCGAGGUCGCGGUUAAUCGACCAGGACGAGACAUGCAUCUUGGAGCUAGCGCAGAGGGGGAAAGAAGCAGGUUGGUCUGGCCUGGCCUCGCAAAUGAAUUGGAACUUUCGUGCAAAGAAAACACACACACGGCAGGAACAUGGCUACUCUCGCCCUUCCAAGUUUCUGAUCGAUCGAACUCUUCGGGGACAAGAAAAUGAGAAAAGGGCAGGCCGUCGAUGUACAGACCACAGGUGCUCGGAUGGACGGCCGGAAUCAUGGUCGUCAUAACUCAUAACCCAUGAGGCGGUGACGAAGCAAGAAAGGAAGGUCGCCGAGAAUGGUGCUAAUAUCUCCGUUUUGGUGAUAUAAGGGAUUUAGAGCAUCCACAUGACCAUGGUCGACAAUGGCCUGAAGCCAAAUUUUGUUUUUGUUCAGACAAAUGGCCGUGCGCU